CACGUCGGCAUGACAUUAGGGCACGGUCGCAGCUAUGGAUGAGAGCUAGAGAGGAGAGCUCCAGGGCAUGGCGCAGGAGAUUGUGGAGGUCGUGACGGAGGCUGUGCCAGUUCAAGAGCAGGUCACGGUGAAUGGCGAGCUCUGCCGCUCCAAGGAAGAUCAAGAGCCGGUCAAGAACGACGUCUACACGGCGGCGGCUUACGGCGAUCUGGACAAGCUGCGGCGCCUGGUAGAACAGGAUGGAUGCUCCGUCUCGGCGCCCGAUCACGGCGGAUAUUUCGCUCUACAGUGGAGCGCUCUCAACAAUCGCGUCGCGGCUGCUCAAUAUCUCAUCGAGGUGAGUGGAGAUUUCGCCUUCUCUGCUCAAUACGGACAGACUGCUCUCUUGUACCAUUUGAUUUCAAAGUGGGGUGCUGAGGUUGAUGCCACCGACAAGGAUGGAAGAAGUCCCUUGCAUUGGGCCUCGUACAAAGGCUUUCCAGAUAGCAUACGUCUCCUACUUUUUAUGGAUGCUUUCGUUCGGCGCCAGGACAAAGAAGGAUGCACCCCGCUACACUGGGCGGCCAUUCGAGGCAACUUGGAGGCUUGCACUGUUCUUGUCCAAGCUGGAACCAAAGAAGAUUUGACAAUCACGGAAGGAAGUGGCUGUACUCCUGCUCAACUUGCUGCUGACAAGGGACACAGGCACGUUGCUUUGUUUUUGUCAAAUGCGAGGAGGAUAUUCAAUCACCAUUGGGAUUCCAAGGGCGUAAUGGGACGAGUUUCAAGGCUGGGACUUGCGCCAUUUCUCUGGCUGCUGGUCACCGUCUUGCUCAUCACCUACAUCAACUCUGUAAUAACCUCUUCGACGUUGUUGACUGUACAAGGUAUCGCGGGUGCUUGGGCGUGGUUUGCGGUUUUCGUUGUUACUGGAGGUCUUGUGUUUCUCUAUCGCUGUACCAGCAAAGACCCUGGAUAUGUUAGCAAAAAUCGUGGCGAUGAUCCAUUUGGAAAGCACAUGACUGAUUCUCUACUGAAAAGCGAUUUGAAUACAUCCGCGCUUUGGGCUGGCUUUUGGUCGCAGCUUUGUCCAACUUGUAAGAUAGUGAGGCCUGUAAGAUCCAAGCACUGUUCGAUUUGCAACCGCUGUGUAGAGCAGUUCGAUCACCAUUGUCCUUGGAUAUCAAACUGUGUUGGGAAGAGAAACAAAUGGGACUUCUUCCUCUUUUUGUGUUGUGAAACCACCGGUAUGAUUGUUGCUGGUGCGGUGACCGUGCACAGACUAAAAACAGAUCCAAAUGCUCCGUCCACUCCAGGAGACUGGUUACGGCACGUAGCAUCCCACCACGUAGGUGCUCUAUCUUUCGUUCUUGCAGAUUUCUUUCUUUUUUUCGGAGUGGCGAUCUUUACGGGAAUACAAGCCGCUCAGAUUGCGAGGAACAUCACGACCAACGAGAUGGCAAAUGCGGCCCGAUAUGUAUACCUUAGAGGACCCGACGGCCUGUUCUUCAAUCCUUACGACCACGGGUUUUGGAAGAACUGCAGCAAUUUCCUGCUCUUGGGCUACAACGAAGACAUCGAGCAGGCUUGGCAGCCGUUGAAGCAAAACGAGUCGGAUCCAGCAGCAGCCGCCGCGGUGGCGGCAACAAUCGAGAUGGCUGAACAAACACCAGGAAUUCUAAGCUCGGGAGGAGGUCAUGCCACUCGCUGCUCGCACAACCAUCAUCACCACCAUCACCAUCAAAACCAGCAAAACCAGCAGCAGCAAUUGAAAAAUGAGCAGCAGCAGGAUUACAGGAAUGGACAAGGGAACUCGAGCAGCGCUCCUGCCGGGCUGGGCAUUGGACUGCCGAGCAGAUUGCGAGCUUAAAGAAAACAAUUAAUUUAUUUUUCUUAUAGAAUUUUUACCUGUUAUUUUGUGCUACGUAAUAUGAGAUUGAUUGAUUUAAAUA